AUGGACAACUUUUCCUCGGCAAGCACCGAAGCCCCGAUGAGCCCCACCUCGGCCGACCCGUGCAACUAUACGCCGCAAAUAUUUUUGCUGUGGAAGAUGUGGUUCGUUGGGGUUGUCGGCUGCACGACGGCCGUCGUAUCGAUUUUCCACAAUUGCAUCCUGUUCUACACCUUUAACUCGUCGAAGCUGCUCCGCCGCCGAAACCUCACCUAUCUGAUGUGGAUCUCGCUGUGCGACAUCUUCGUCUCUCUCUCCUAUAUUGCCAUCAUGUGUGUACAGGUGUACGCCGACUACUUUGAGUCGUGGCCCCUGUUCGUCGCCUGGCACAACUACCUCACCUCUACGCGUUCACCAUCUCCGGAAUCACUUUUUGCUGGUCGUCGUUUCUCC